CUUACCCCCUUCAACUUUUUUUUUUUUUUUCCUCCAAAUCGUAAAAAGAUGUAAAAUAUGCAUCUUCAGUUCAAACUACAUCGAAUUUUAUUGUUUUUCAUCCUUUUUCUAUUGCUAAGUCAUAUUGUCAUUGCUCAUAGUAACAAGUUCAAAAAACGAAAAGACAAAGAAUUUGACAAAGAUGAGGAUGAGGAUAAGGAUGAUGAGGAUGAGGACGAUGAUGAUGAUGAUGACGACGACAACGGCGAAGAGGAGAAUGAAAAGGAUGAGAUAAACCGAGAUAAUAUAGAGGAUGGUACAAGGACGAGGGCAGCAUUUUCUUUAGCCUCUUCUUCUCCAACUUAUACCUUUUUGAACUCUCAGCAUUCGUCUCUCCCUUUCUCUUCCUUUCCGAAUGGUAAUAACCAAAAUAAGGAAGGAGAGGAAGAAGCAGAGCAAGAAGCAGUGUAUGAGGAAGAGAUGGAGACGGAUCACACCACAACAGCAACACAGCAGCAACAAGACUUUUAUGAUACCAAAGAUCUAUUUAAAAGUCCUCCUCGUGUUACAGACAUCAACAAACAUAUUCAGGUCAAGCUUUAUUGCGAAGUGAACGAAGCCCUUUGUAAAAAUGUAGAACACUCACUCAUUUCUGCUGCAACGGCUCUUGCGGAAGUGAUCCGUCUCAAGAAAAAAAUCAUCUUUCAAACGUCAUAUUACAGUUUCUGUGAAAAAAUAUGUGCCAACUCGACUUAUGGAUGGGGUAUUCCUAGCUCUCAGUUCACCUUGAUCUCCUUGAAUGAAGCGGAUUCGAACUUUAUCUACCCACAAGCAUUAGCAAAGCAGUUGGCACAAUUUACAGAUAGCUCCAACUGGGCUGGAUACGAUGUCAUUAUCGAUAUCAAUCACGAUAUGUAUAUGAGCCACGUCAAUGCUGACAGCGUGGACUCUCAAAAUCACAGUCAUCAUGCCCAUGCAUCGACUCCUGCUCACGACAGCCAUAGUGUCAUUCCUGUAAAGGGUGGCUUUUGGUUCAACUCGACAUCAAGCUCUUCUGCCAAUAAUACGAGUCAUCGAACCAGCAACACGACACUGGCCAUAGAACCUUAUCAAGUCGAUUUAGAAUAUGUGAUUCUACACCAUAUGAUUCAUGGACUCGGUAUGAUCAGCUCCUGGGCACCUUAUUUCUCAGACAUCAACUCACCCUUUCAAAAGCUAUUACGAGGACUCGUCAAUGAAAACAACCUAAAAAUGAUGACGCCCAAUCCUUACUGGUAUAUAAAGCAAAACACCGGUCCAGCUUACGUGACAGGAUUUCAACCGAAUAUGAUUUUUGACAAAUUCCUUCACCUAUUUAUACCCGCUCAAAAUGAAACCACUCGAUUAUUCGAUUACGGUUUUGAUAUGCAGACCUUCUGUGUAGGGAAAAGGAAUCAACAACAACAGGUCAUUUCUUCUAAAAAAGGCGGUAGCUCUUCCUCUUCCAACUCAGGCAGUGGUAAUGGGAAUGGUGGUGCGGGUUCCGGUGCCGGUGGUGGCCAGAGUGGUAGCGGCAGUAGUCAUGAAAAUGGCGGUAGCGGCAGCAGCAGCAGCAGCAGCACCGGCAGUGGCAGCGGCAGUGGCAGCUCCCCCAUCAAAUAUCCAAAUGACAAUGAUGCCUUCAUUGUCAAUUUUGUAGACUCUUUCUUGACCAAUGCCACACAGUCUUCACGUGCAAAAAGCAUUUAUGAAUCCAUGCUACAGCCAAACACACUUUCUUUCAAAUUCAUGACUACCACGAAUGAAAGUACAUUCUUCACCAACACUUAUCUCAAUCAAACUUACCAUACGAUGCGACUCAUGACAGGCCCUAGCAUCUUCAACAGUAACCACGACGAGGAAUCCUAUUAUCGACCGGGUAUCGUCACCUCGCAUGUUGACGAUAUGUAUCGAGACACACCUGACUUUUUAAUGACACAUCAAUUUAUCAAGGGCAAAACACUGUUACAGAUCGUAGAAGACGUCUAUUCUAAUCUAGGACAACCAAUUAAAUAUAAUACGACACAGAUGGUGCAUGUCAAUGUUACUACCGUAAGUAAUGUCACUACUACUACCUUAUCCAAUCGGACAGCAACAACAACAACGGCCAAUACAACGACCCUUGUGAAACGAAGACCUCAAUUAGUCGAAGUAGUGUAUAAAUCGCCCAUCGGUCCAGGCAUCCUGAGGAUUCUGGAGACGAUGGGUUAUUCAACGAUUCUAACAGAUACCAAUUAUACAUCCACGGCUAUCAAGACAACCAAACCGGAUUCUGCAUGUGAUAAUCGAGGCGCUAAUAAGAACAGUGAUAAUAGUCACUCGGAUGGAGGCAGCAACAUUUCUUCUUUUCUAUCGUCAAGAUCUGGUGCAACUCUUACCUCGGACGGUAGUAGUCAUAGUAGUAGUAGUAGCCUCCUCUACCUCAUGCAGCUUCAACAGUGGGUGCUUUAUCAGUAUUUGAUCUAUUUAUUAGUUACAUUGUUACUCUUAUAAUAUGUCCAUGAGAAACUUACAUCUCCUCUUUCAACAUAACCCGAAAAAUGUUAUCUAUCCAAGCAAUUUAAACCUCAGGAAAAAUAGGGCUGUUUCUGACGGAUACUUUUUUCCAUGUACAUAUACAUCGUGAUCGCUGAUAGAAUGGUUAUCCAUUUCGUUCAAGAGAAAAUGGUUGUACUUGUUCAAUGUGCCUUUUUGACUGUUGUACAAUGAUUUUAUGAGUGUUUUUGCAUGAAUAAAAAAGGUGGAUGGGCACGGCAAGGAAACUCAAAGUGAAGGAAUUCAUCCAAUCAUGUGCCUGAGUUUUAGCCAAUCAGACUUUCAAAUGAGACCGCCCUCGCUCCUCAUAUUUUUUCUCCGUUUUUUUUUUUUUUUUUUUUU